AUGAACUGGGUUGGUGGCUCCCGGAGCAGAAUCAUACUUAAACAGGAAAGGAGAAAGCAAAAGGAAUUCUUUGAAAAGAAAAAGCUUAGAUCAAAGAUGAAGCUGCUAGGAGUAUCAUCACCCCAUAAAAGUUCAACAGUCAGUUUAGAUCUACUCAAUCUGUAUGUUGUUAACCAGAUAUCCACCAAGAAAGACACUGCUGACAGAGUGAGAAAACCAGUCCAUGUGGAUCUGAACAAGGGGUUAAAAACCCCUACAAGGAGACAGAAUAUUGAACUUCCCAUGUCACCACAACGUACAUCAUCUAAAAUAGGCCUAGAUGACAUCCAGAACAGAAUACAACAACAAGUAUUAGAGAACAGAAGAAAGCAUCUCACAGACAAGAUGAAAUACCAACCUCAGUUAUCACAAGUAAUGGAAUCAACUUGCACAGACUCUAGUCUUGAACAUCUGUACAAUCUAGCAGCAGACUGUAAUUCCUAUCCAGUGUCCUCUUCGGUUUCCUGGUCUUCUAAUUACAAACAAUCUCCAGAACAAAAUUUCAGAACGAACCUAGCAUGCAGUCCUUGGGAAGUGGCCUACGAAGAGGAGAAGCAGAGCAAACAGUUUCUACCAUUUUCUCAGCCGGGAAAUAUUCUCUCUCAAGACCCUUGGGUUUCAAAACCUCAAAACAGGCAAUGCAUUUUUAGCAAGUCCAAUACAGCAGGACCAUUGGGAACAUUGUUUAAGAAAUUGAAUAGUCCAGAAUAUAUAAACUCUGUUGGUAAUACUCCAGCUUUAAUUACCAGUAAAGAUUCCGGAAGCAACAACAGAAUAAAAGAGCCAUUAUUUGGUAUUGUGAAAGAAACAGCAGCAAACGACACUCACAAUGAAAAUGGUCUAGCAUUGUCUGAAGAUGAGAGGCCACUGAUUCAUAAUAUUCCUUCCAUGGAAUAUUGUGGUCCUUUUGUUAAUCAAGCCAGUAUCAGCCAGUUAUUUACAGAUCCAGAUGAUAUGAAUGAAAUAUCCAACAGAUGCAGCCCUUGUAAUAGAGAAAUUUAUAACAUGACUAAAUGUACUGAAAGGUAUACUGUAGACAGAUGCCUUAAAGGGAUUUUCACUGUUCCAGAGCAGACUUUCUUUAAAAGUAAGACUAUUUCAAGUGCAAGCCAUAAAGAAAAUAAACAGCCUAAUAAAAGCGACUUGAAAGAAUACCCUGAUGGACAUUAUUACAUUAUAUCUUCUGAAAACCAAGAAAAUCCUUCAAAAUAUGAAAGAACAGACAUUGAAUCAUCACUGAGCAGUCAGUCCCCCAGUUAUUCUCCAAAGCAAACAGACAGUUGUUUCUGCACUAGUUCUGAGAUGCGACUUAUGUACAACUGCAUUCAUACAAAUCUGUUUGUACAGUCUGAAGAGGACGACCUAGCUGAAAAGUGUCUUUCUGACCGCUCCUUUCAAGUAAACAGUGCCAAUCCAAUUGCAGCUUCAACAAGCAAAGGACCACACCCUAGCUUUGGCACGGAAAGUUGGCUUUUCCCUCCUGGCACUAGUGUUGCUAUGAACGAAGCCAACAUUACGCAACAGGCAGAGGCCAGUUUACAAGUGACAGAGGAGGAAAAUAAAGACCAGGCUGCUCAGCCCAACUCUUCACACCCAUCAUUUAAAAGGAAGAGUAUUAAUCACAGAGAAAGGUGUGAUGCUGGGUCACAAACUGAGAGCCCCACUGUAAGGGGAGAAAAAUUAAAUGCUGCCGUACAAUGUGAUAUAAUACAGGCAUGUUGCUGUAUAAAUCAUCUUUCCUCUGUCCACAGCGCUGAACUACUAACUAAUGUUAGUAAAGCAGAUACCACUGGAGGGCAGGAAAUUACAGCAGAUGAGGCAUUUCGGUCUUCAAGUACAGACAAUGCACCAAUUAUUGCAGAAUUUCCUCCUGAAACUGAGUAUCUGACUUUGCCUGACAAGAUGACUGUAGAUGUACUGAACUACAUUCACAUAAUGAAAAAGAGAGAAGAGAGCAACUGAGUACAAAGGAGAACCUAUUAAAUAUAUUGUGGGGACAUCGAAAAGCCCUGUACUCUUAGGGAAUUUUAUUCAUUCCACAGUACAUUAUUUCCUUUUAUUUGGUACAUUUGGUUUUUGCUGUUGGACAAGAUAUUCUUUUACAAAUUAUUAUUACUGUGUUCUCAAUAUUUUAUAGUAGCUUAGUGAAAAUAGCCCUUAUUCAUUAGAUACAUUUCCACAAUACAAUUAUAACAUUUUGUGGUUUGGGAUGGAUCCUGUUCUUAUUGAAGUCAAUGUAAAUACUCCAUUGACUUCCAAGGGCAUUGGAUAGGGCACUUGGUGCACAAAAACAUGCACAUGGUUAUACACACACGUAUCCAAUUUUUAUGAUUUUUAGUUAAAAAAAACAGCAACUUCACAUCUAUGCACACAGAAUAAACUGAAAUUAUUACAACAUAUUAAAAUGAGCUGUAGUGGUAGGUUUAUGUUCUGAUUGCAAAUACAGACUCAUCUUUUUG